AUGGCGUCGAGGGUUGAUCCAAAGGAGGCACUGCCUCCUGACGCGGCUGUCCCAGAGGCCGCAGAGAAGCAGACGCUUUCAAGGAAGCCGAUGCAGAGAACAAGUUCCACUAUGGGGCUCCCGGGUCAGCCAGCUCGUGUCACGUCCAGCUCAUCUCAAGCUGCAGAGCCUCCAGCUCCCCAGGUCAUGGAACAGGACAAGCCCAUGCGAUACAUGCCAAAGGCCUACAGCGAGAUGGUGCCCAUGACCCGGACUUCUUCGUUUGAGGGCCCUGGACCAGUCCGAGCAAACUCGGAUGGUAUCGUGCCGUUCCUCCGGAUGGUGCCGGACAGCACUGUGAUAGAGGAUGACGAAGUCUUCUUCGUCCCGAAGUGCUUCUCGGAGGUGCAGAUGCCAGCGUCACGCCUCUCGUUCCACCAACCCGCUCCGUCGAACUCCGAUGGGCUGUUGGCCAACCGCGAAUUCAUGCGCGCAGUGGAUGCCGCCAGAGAGCGUGCGGCACAGCAAAGAGCGGAGGCCGAGCGCCUGCCGGGAGGUGUCAAGAAGCAGGGGCAGGUAUGCCUCGCAACCAUCAACAAGGAGAAGAUGUACGAAGGCAAGAUUGUCAAGGCCUUCAAACUAGGUCUUCUCUUGGACAUCAAUGCAGAUGUCUUGGGCUUGCUUCGCUGGAAGCAUGUCCGGGGAGUGCCAAGGAAACUCCUCAAGGAGGGCGGCCACCUGGCUAACCUUCGAGUGGACAAGGUCGGAGAUGCGAGAUUGACCUUGCGCCUGGAGUGCAUUGGCCAUGAAGGUCAGACUUUCGAGGAGGAGGACUACCCGGAUGUAGUCGCCCGCGUCUACGAGUGGGCAAUGGAGCCAAAGAUGCUCCAGUUGGCGGAAGAAGCUGCUCCCACAGCUGUCAAGCGGCAUCCCGGGCGAAAUGGCCCGCGGGCAGUCGGCGAGGGCAUGCCCAUCCGCCCGCCUCCUCCCUUCAGCGCGAGCCGGCCGGCUCCCGCCACAUCCCAAGCACCCUCGGCAGCCGCAGAGGCUCAGCGGCCCGGGGACAAGCCGAUGCCUUUGAUGCCGAAGGCAUACAGCGAGGCCUUCUUUGGGGCUCGUGAAUCCUACUUUGCUGUCUCCUGGCAGAUGGUGCCCAUGACCCGGUUUGAGGGCCCUGGACCAGUCCGAGCAAACUCGGAUGGUAUCGUGCCGUUCCUCCGGAUGGUGCCGGACAGCACUGUGAUAGAGGAUGACGAAGUCUUCUUCGUCCCUAAGAGCUUCUCGGAGGUGCAGAUGCCAGCGUCACGCCUCUCGUUCCAGCAACCCGCUCCGUCGAACUCCGAUGGGCUGUUGGCCAACCGCGCAUUCAUGCGCGCAGUGGAUGCCGCCAGAGAGCACGCGGCACAGCAAAGGGCCGAGGAGGCCGCGCGCCUGCCGGGAGGUGUCAAGAAGCAAGGGCAGGUCUGCCUGGCGACCAUGAACAAGGAGAAGAUGUACGAAGGCAAGAUUGUCAAGGCCUUCAAAUUGGGUCUUCUGUUGGAUAUCAAUGCGGACGUCUUGGGCUUGCUUCGCUGGAAGCACGUCCGGGGCGUGCCGAGGAAACUCCUCAAGGAGGGCGGCCACCUGGCUAACCUUCGAGUGGACAAGGUCGGAGAUGCGAGAUUGACCUUGCGCCUGGAGUGUGCCGAAGUUGCAAGAUACUGUAUGUCCGGCUCAGCAGGUCUGUUCAAGCACUUCGUUGGGUCUCGGGCUGGGAUGCUCGCUUAUCGAGGCAUUGGCCAUGAAGGUCAGACUUUCGAGGAGGAGGACUACCCGGAUGUAGUCGCCCGCGUCUACGAGUGGGCAAUCGAGCCAAAGAUGCUCCAGUUGGCGGAAGAGGCUGCUCCGACAGUUGUCAAGCGGCAUCCCGGGCGAAAUGGCCCGCGGGCAGUCGGCGACGGCGAGGGCAUGCCCAUCCGCCCGCCUCCUCCCUUCAGCGCGAGCCGGUUUCUCCGUCCCGGCAAGUGCGGGCCGCGCCAGUAG